CUUGUGUAGGGAGGACUGUUGCGCCGUUCUCCGGUUACGAGAUUAUCAACGUCAGCUGUGGAAAGAAUCUUUGCGAGGGAGCCAACACUAAUACGAAAAAAACAAAAACAAAAGAAUUAAGGAUGAGCCGCGCGUGUUAUCUCAACUCACAGAGGAAGGCUGAGCUUGUCUCAGCUCCCGUGGAUGAGAGAGCCCUGGUAGCUGAGCCUGGCCUGGUAGCCUAGUCAUCCAAGCCUCGUCCAUGUGGCACAUUGUCGACCUUCUGUUGCAUGUCACACCAGCUGACCUGCUCAAUGGGUUCUUCACCGUCUUGGUGAUUUUUUUUAUACUGUUGACACUGUUGUUGCUGCCAUCCCUUAUGAGAUUACUCUAGACCUCAGGUCGACGCGCUCUCGCGGGGCUUCCGAGUCCUGGAUGUGUUGUGGAGCAGUGUGUUUCACGUUCUGUAUUUCGUGUGAAAAUUUGAACGGAAACGACAAACUAUGGAAAAUUUCGGAUGCCUUGGCAAUACUAAUAAAACACAGACACUUGUAUGUUUAUAAAAAAACGUUGUUGUUGCCUAAAUUGGCAACAGAGAUAUGGCUGGACCCAGAGUUCAGAAAUAAGACCGAUCCCCGUGCACACAGAAGGCUGAAUAGAGUUCAGAAAAUCGAACCCAGAGAUAACAAGACUGAGCCCAGAGACCACUGAGGUUAGGUUAGCCUCUUUUCAAUAAGUUACACUGGCGACACUUGUCCGUGGCGAGUCCCAGGAGACAGUCUGGCUGCAUUCAACCACCUCUUGAGUCUGCAGCCUCGCUCGCCACCCAGAUAAAACAAAUCUUGAGUGACGUGGUGACUCCCCGCCUCCCUCAGGGCGCCCAGGGCCUGUUCAUACACGGCUCGUCCCUUGUCCAUGCACGGCUCGUCCCUUGUCCAUGCACGGCUCGUCCCUUGGCUCGCCCCUUGUCUAUGCACGGCACGUCCCUAGGCCAUGCAUGGCUCGCCCCCUGCACGAGGCUUGUUAUGAAAAAUUCAUAUUUGUUAAGGGUCUCUCGGGAACCUGGGUGGUGACUGGCAGCUUGUUGCUCGACCCUUCAUGCACUGAAUGAGAAUGUUACUCUGGAAGCUCAUUAACGAAAACUGAAAUGAAAUUGUGUGAAGACUGUUCUCGUGGCCUAUAAUGAGCAGUAUAAUUUUGACGAGGUACUUCAGCCAGAGAAAGAUGAAUGAGCAAGGGAGACCAAAGUUUCAUUUGGUGGUUUUAAUGAAUACGACUGUAUAAGAAUUUGAUUAAUAUUCUAGUGCAGACUAGCAAUUCCCCACUCCAGUCAAGCAUAAAAGCUGUUCCAUUUAUCGGUGGCAGUAAAUUUUGUACCUCCUGGGGUGGAUGUGUGAGGGGAGGCGAUUUACUCUCCCUGAAAGUGGCCUAACAGAACCAAUCACAUGAGAGAACCGAGAGCAGCUGGAGACAAAGGAGAACCAGGGAGGUGUAAUGUCCCUGCUUCAAGUUAACAGCUGCUGGUCGAUGGAGUCCUAACGCAUUUGCUUCCUUCCAUAACACGCAGAUUCACAGUAAACAAAAUAAGAAUAAUGUAGCUGAACUGCUUAUGAGGAAUCGAUUUUUUUUUACCGGGGGCUUUAAUCUUGGAACAGGAGGGGAACGGAGGGUAAAAUAAACAAACGAUAUUGAUUAAAAAAUUAGAAGUCUGCAAAUCUCGAAGACACUGUGCGAUGAUGAGGAAAUGCAGAGUAAAGGAGAUGUGGAAUAAGAUGAGGACGUGCAGUAAGAGGUGACUUGUCGGAACAAACGAGGAUUGGGAUGCGUCAACCAUGAAGUAACUCGGCUUUCCCCUCUCCCUCUUUCAACUCCCCCAACACUCCCUUCCAUCAGAAUGAGGGGAAGAACGAGGGAAGCAGUAAGUGAUAAUUCAUUGGGGGAGAACUGAUGAGUAGGUCCCACUGGAUGACGAAUUGUGAGUGGCUGUUGUCAGGAUACAACACGUAUGACUGCGCUACCAUUGACACAUGCACAUUUGCUCAAACCCGAGUGCUAAUUUUUAAGACAGUAUUCUUUAGAAUUUCUACUGAAAAGAAAUAUUUAAGCUAUCAGUUAUGCAUAAAAGGUUGCCAUAGCUGAUGCUCGGCACGGGUAUGCCCAUCCUCCUACAAAAGGACUCAGAAAAAACAGUUAGGGCAUUUAAUACUUCAGCGUCAAACGUGAGACGAGGCCACUCUAGCCCUCACCCCCUCGUCCUGCACCUCAUGCCCCUCCUGGGUAAACUAACCGUGGAAACUUGAGAAGGAAUAAUGAUGAGCAUCUCUGAAAGGAUCUGAGUGCGUCCCCCCCCCCCCCUAUGGGACCUGUUAGAUCUCAGGCCAGUGUGUGCUAGACUCAUUUGAGGUUCAUUUGGAAGCUCCGAAAGAUUUUCUUGAUUUAAACCUGAUGAGGAAAUGAUGUUUGCAGUUCCUCUCGGUCCGUUUGAGGUCCAUUUAAAAGACGGACCAGGGUUUAAGGUGAAGACUUGUGAGUGACAGUAAUACGUGUGCCGAGGUGAAAAGGGAUAAAGUGAAGCUAAUCUUAGGAGGGACCCCGGACACACGUCUCUGCUCCACUCUGGUGGAGAGCUCAUCCAACACCAACCCAAGUCACUGCUUUAGCACGAAGGUUACAUAACCACCCAUUCCCGGCGUAAUUUAGGUUGGGUAAAUCAUUGUUUGUAUGUGCUAGAUCACGUAAACAAACAGCGUUAUCACCAGUUGAAGACCAUUGUAAUCUCACGGUGUGACAAGGUGGAAAGUGGACAUCAUUACUGAUAACUAAUUUCAAGAACUAGCAGUCUUUUGAGACCCUGGAAUGAUGGGGAAUUCAACAUGGCAUCUGUUGAAGAUACUGGGCGGAAUAACAACAUUAUAUUGAGAGAAUAUUGAGAACACAAUAGCUAGGAGUCUCCCCUCAUUCGCUGCGCCUAGCAACCCUCCUGUCCUCCCCCUCGACAGGGGAGGGAACAGUCCUCCCAUGCCAGCAGGGUGUUCCAUCCACGGCUGCCGGGAUAGACUGGUAUUGCGUGUGAGAAGUGAAUACUGAUGUCUGUUGUGGAGGUCCGAGAUUGAAUGUUGGUGUCAUCUGCUGAUGUCAGGCCUCCACUGUAGAUGAUGACUACCAUUGAAGUGCUCUUGUGGCUGCUCUGAAUAGCAAAGCACAAAGACAGGCUAGUAAAUUGUUCACUAUUACUAAGUUGAAGCCAUCAUCGUAGCUUGAGGCACAUACAGAGACGAACUUGUAUUGUACAAGGAAAGUCUUAACCACGCUGUUAGUCACGCAGUCUGCCUUAGGAGGUCAAUGUUUUUAAGUUGGGUUGCCUUGAACCGACGAGGUACUGCGACGUGUGUCGUACGACGCGUGUCCAGCCAACAUGGGUAAUAGGCUCCAACCACUUGCCCGUAGGCGAUCUGUUUCCUACUGAUCAGGUAGGUUGUUUUGUGCCGUGUGGGCAGCCACCAUGGCGCCUAUGUUCUGCACUAAGCUUUUCAGCUGGAGCAAGUCUGGGAAGGGCAAGAAGGACAGUGGGUCAAGGCCGCCCUUAGACACUGUCUUUCCUGAGCCCCAAGAUGAGGGUGAGGCGUGCCCAUACUGGACCCACGUGCAGUGCAACCCCCCGCCCCACAACAACUCUUCACGCCCACACACACCAACCCACGUGCCCCUGCUGCCCGCUCAUCAUCCAGGCAGCCCGGUCCACCACCAGCCUGGUUCCCGCAGCCCAGCCUCGCACCGGCGGGCGGCCCACGCCCGCAGCCACCAGGUGAAGUGUGGUCAUGAAGUACCUUACUAUAACACCACCUACAACAGUCCCUACCACAGCCCUCAUCACAGCCCUGGACCCAAUAGCCCGGUUAACCACAGCCCAGUGCACUUCAGCCCCAUACACCAUCCCUCCAAUCACUGUAGCCCUGGACCAAACAGCCCGGUGCCCAAUGCCCAAGGGUACAACAGCCCAGUACAUCACGCUUCAGGGUAUAACAGCCCAGUACAUCAUACUCCCGGGUACAAUAGUCCUGUGCCCCUCGCCUCUGGGUACAACAGCCCGGUACCCCACGCUCCAGGAUACAACAGUCCGGUACAUCAUACUUCAGGGUACAAUAGCCCUGUACCCCUCGUUUCUGGGUACAACAGCCCGGUUCCGGCGACCUCGGGGUACAAUAGCCCUGUACAUCACCGGGGAUACGUGUUGGAGAGUAACUACUGCCAACCACUCCCCCCACCACCACCACAACGACCUCCUCCACCACUACCCGCCCACGAAGGUAAUGUCUCGGAAGUUUGUCACACUAUUUCUUCUUGAAUAACUCCAUCAUUUUUAUUAUUUCUUCUUCUUC